AGGCUAGAGAAUAGAAAUAGAAAUUGCUCACGCCAGUCUCGUUCUUGUGGUCUCGUCACAACAUUCACAACAGUCACGUUACAGUCGUCGUUUCGAUAAGAUAUAAAGGUGUUCCUUUUUUCAUUUUUUUUUCGUUUCUUUUAACAUGAUCGUUUCGCGUGUUUUUCCUUCACUCGUGUCUUUGGCAAGCGAGAAAGAUUCACGAGUGGUGAUGGAUGACGAGUCGUAUGGUAAUAUAUGUGACAAUUCUCUUGCGUGAAUACGUGUGAAUCGUGUUUCGUCACACAGCCCCUGCUCUGCCGCGUUUUACACCGCCAAAUCGAACGACGGACGUUAAUCUAAUCCGUCAGUGGUUAUACUACGUGGACAGUUAUUUAAUUCGGAAAGGUCCGCGAGAUACACGAAAAAAUGGAGAAGAAUAUAGGCUUUAGUGCUCAACCCCCGGCUCCUCUGCCAACGGCUCCACCGUCUUACGAGGAAGCUAUAGCUAAUACAGGAAGAACACCUUUACACCCUCCAGUUGGUUCUUCACCAUAUCCCUUAGGAACACCGUCAAUAUCAAUGCCAAUGCCAUACACUCAACCACCAAAUCAAACGACGAUGCCAACACCUUCCAUAUAUCCAGGCUCGAGUCAAUCGCAGCCUUUUAAUGCAGAGCCGAAUUCUGUGCCACAGUCGGAAGUACGGGUUGUUCAUCAUGUAUCGUACACUCUAAGAUCACAUUCCGUGAAAAUGUCCUGUCCGUCGUGUCACGCUGAUAUCAAAACUACCACGAUAUCGGAUCAUCAGCCUAGUGCUCACAUUUGCUGUAUUGUGCUCUGCUUACUCGGAUGUUGUCUCUGUUCAUGCCUGCCAUAUUGUAUGAGCACUUUCAUGAGUGUUCAUCACUUUUGUCCCAACUGUAAAAAUUAUAUGGGUACAUGGAAAGGUUGAUUGCAAGAUUACAUGUGUGCAUAUAUAGGCUGCAGUUUCCUGCAUAUUAGAAUGUUAUACAGUUCCAGGAGUUACUCAAUAUUCUUCGCUUAUUACACAUUAAGAACAACUGAAAAGAAGGAUUGCUGAGAAUGUAAGUUAUGUUAUAUUAUAUACUUGAAAGUUAUUGCAUUGCGAUAUGGAAAAAAUGAUAAUUUCUCAAAAUCAGGUUAGAUUAGAUUCGUUUGAUGCAGCGUGUCGCGUCGAUUGUAGAUACAAACAAGAGUGAAUUGUGGAUUGUAUGAAAGAUGAAAGUGCAUGAUUCCGAAUCAUAAAUUUCUAUAAAAUAUAUUAGACUGUUAAUAUAUGUAAAAAGUGAUAAAAAAUACACUAAAAAAUACACUAAAUACAUUAAAAAUACAUUAAAAUACAUAAAUACACUAAAUAAGAGAAUAUUGGAGAGAAUUACGAACAUUUUACAUAAAAGAAAAAUAUAUUUUUAUUUAUAUGCGAAAAAAAAUAUAUUUUUUUUUGCCACCAAUAUUAAUAUUGGCCAAUUUAAAUUUGGGAAUAAGAAAUAUUGAUUUAUUAUUUUUUAUAUUUACAAGUCAUUUUCAGUCUUUCCGUAACAUUUAUUAUAUUAUCAUCUCGUUUAUUUUUUUUAAUCAUGAAUUUCAGAAUUUUGUAUAAUAAUAUUUAAUAAAAAAGGUUAGUACUUUUAGUUAUAAUAAAACUGUCGUUAUAA